UACGAAACCACACAAGUUGAGGUUAAAUUCAAAUAGGACAACCAUUGAAGUUUUGGAAGCUUUGUUUCGUGGGAUUCAUGGCACAACUACCACGAUUACAGAGUUGACCAUCGUCGGUUACAUGGAGAUGAAAGAUUCUCUCAUGGAGUCACUUCUACUUCAUCUUGAUGCGAUGGAGAGGCUUCACUUUCAAUAUGUUGGAAACCUGACUGUUUACAUGAAAAGGUUAUCAAACGCAAUCAACCAACGUUCCAAUAAAAUUCAACUUGAAUUGGUGCAACAAAAAUUGUGUGGUCGUGACGUCAUAUACUUAGCUGGUUGUCUUGGCAAUAUAUCUCGGUUGGAAAUGUCGCACACCGUUAUUUUAAAAGAACAUUGCAGUGUCCUGAAACAAGCGAUACAACAACUUCCAUCCAUCCAGGAUUUCGAACUGGUUGGUCGCGGAGGUGGAUUUGGUUCCGGAAGCCUUGAACUUGUGGAAUGGUUUGAAGAAUUCAAAAGGCAAACCAAGGAGAAGCCAGGAAUUAUGCCUAAGGUAGUGGGAAGCUCUCAUGAAGCUUCCACAUCAAGCGACGAUGACACCAGCCAUCCUUCAAUAAGUGAACCUCAACCUACUAUUUCUUCACAAGAUGUGUCCAUACCUGCUCCUACUCAGUUUGAAUCUUCAUCAAAAUGUUGGAUUGGAUCAAUUGGAGGAAAGUUGGAAGUUGGAGGAUGUGAGUUGGUUGUUCCUCCUGGAGCAUUGGAGGAAGAUGUGGAGAUUAAACUGACUGCAUCACUUCCACUGGAGAGUGAAUAUCUUGAAACUCCCACACUUCAUUGUGAACCAGCAUCUCUUACAUUCAACAAACAAGUGACAAUAAAAUUACAAACUCAUGUUGUCGGAUUGGUUGGUGACCUUUACACACACUUUUCUUCAAAUUACAUUGUAACUUGUUUAUUUAAAUAUGAACAACUAAAUGGGAGUUCAUAACUAAUGCCCUUUUUACUUCUUUGACACACCUUUUAUCCAACGCGUGUUUUAUUAACUUUUGUUUUGGUGUUAAUUCCCUUUUCUUCGUUGUUUUUUUGUUCUUCGUUAUUGUAUUCGAAUGGAUAAAUAAAUUUUUAUGUUUUAA